AAGAAGCAGAGUAAAUCGAACUCGGAAAAAUACCAGUAGAAAGUACUCCGUCGUUUUUUUUAUUUUUGGCGGGGUGACUUCAACCAGUAGAAGCGGUGGAGAGUCGGGAAUGUGAAUUCCAGUCCGGAGUUUGCGACUCACUCGGCGUUUCUUAAGUUUCACUUCGGCGCGUGCUCUGCCCCGUCUGGUCUGCUUUGUGUUGUUAGGCAGAAAGACGCACCAGCCAGGGUGGCGUGUGUCCUGAUUCACAGGCACCCCAUCAGCGACUAGAAUCAAACGUUAGUCACGCGUAUUGUCGCCUGUUCAGAAGUAGUUAGCUGCCAUUGAUCGUUUUGCUCCGUUUUGCAACAAUGUCGGUGGGAGUGGAGUCUGGAUUCUCGAGCGAGGAGGUCUUAAACAGCCGCUUCCCUCUCCAUCGGGCGUGCAGGGAUGGAGAUGUCGGUGCCUUGUGCUCCCUCCUUCAGUGCACCUCAAACCCGACUGACCUCACCGUGGAGGACACCUUCUACGGCUGGACGCCCAUACACUGGGCCUCACAUUUCGGAAAGUUGGAGUGUGUGAUGCGUCUGGUUCAGGUGGGCUGUGGUGUGAAUGCGGUGACCUCCAGGUUUGCACAGACGCCCACUCACAUUGCUGCAUUUGGGGGCCACCCUGAGUGCUUGUUAUGGCUACUCCAAGCUGGUGCAGAUAUUAACAGACAGGACUAUGUGGGCGAGACGCCCAUCCACAAGGCUGCUCGUGCGGGCAGUCUGGAGUGUAUCAACGCUCUCUUGAUUCAGGGAGCGAAAGCUGAUAUGAGGAAUGCCAGUGGGCUGACUGCUGCUGACCUGGCCCACGCCCAGGGAUUCCAGGAGUGCGCUGAGAUUCUCUCCAAUGCCCAGAACUUCCAACAAAACAUGGCUCAGUCCCAUAACGGGGUUUUUCUGAAUGGCAUGACCCAGAAUGGGGGCCACGCUCACCCCACCAUCCAGGGACGCAGCUUCUUGAAUGGCGUGCCCAACAGAAAGAGGUCAUUCGAUGGCAUGGAAGUGAACCCAGUGAAGAAGGCUAGACCUAACGGUCUGGGCAUGCCAUCUGAAGUGCUGAAUGGGAAUGGGCCACUGGGUGGUGCUGGAGAGACCCAGACGGAGAGCAUGAACGUGGAGUUGGCAACAACUGUAACCUCAGUGGCAGGUGAGAGACACUGUGAGGAUCUUUCCUUAAAUGGUCACAUUCAACCACAGCUUCCAUUUGGGUAUGACCCAACAGCAGAAAUCCUCCAUGACCAACACAUCUACAGUGACUCACCUGAGAUCAACAGCACUGCAGGCAGCCAGAUGGAGCACCAGAAGUCUGUGAAAGCAGAGCAGCUGUAUGACCAUGCCCUCUUCAGCACCAUGCUUCUUUACCAUGGAUCAUAAAGUACAAAGGAUCCAGUUAGCAGGCCGUCCUUUUUGCCUGAAUCUCAUGUAAGCCUAAACAAGCAUUCAUCUGCCUUAAAGCCAUUGAGUGGUCCAGGUAUUCAUUCAUUUAUUAUUUGUUGUUGUAAAGGGCAGGCCCAUUGUUGUGGAUGGAUCUGAAAUCUGUAACUGAUAAAGUUGAUUAAAAAGUGGAUAUUGGUUUGUGUUGUUAGAGAGAAACUGUUGGUUUCGCUUAUGAAAGUUUGGUUCAUCUGAAAAUAGCCUUAUUCUGAUAUACACUAAAGUAGGCAUCUGUAUUGAACCACUGCCAAUACUUAAAUUUUGUUUGUCUCAACUAGAACUGGGGUGAGCCCCCCUCUAGACCUUAAUAAAGACAAGGCAAGUGCAUCACAUGUCACUCAUUAAUAAUUAAACAGAGGUUUGCAAAA